AGAAUGGGAGAUUCCGGGUUUCGUCUGACCAUCUGGGCCACCUCGUUGGUGGUGGCACUGAUGUGCACCACCUGCUUCCGAGUGGAGGCUCUUCCUCAUCCGCCUAGUUCAUCGGCACCAAUGGUGGAGAAGGCUUACGACGACAAGUUUGAUAACGUCGACCUGGAUGAGAUCCUUAACCAAGAGCGGCUGCUGAUCAACUACAUUAAGUGUCUGGAGGGAACAGGUCCUUGCACUCCCGAUGCCAAGAUGCUAAAGGAAAUCCUCCCCGAUGCCAUCCAAACCGAUUGCACCAAGUGCACGGAGAAACAGAAGAAUGGUGCUGAAAAGGUUACCCGUCAUCUCAUUGAUAACCGACCCACCGACUGGGAACGCCUGGAGAAGAUCUACGAUCCCGAGGGAACCUAUCGCAUUAAAUACCAGGAGAUGAAGUCCAAAAUCACCGAACAGAGUUAAUUAACUUGUGUUAAUGAAAAUUACUUAAGUGUUUGUUUCCAUUUAAUUUCAAAUAAACUGCAUAGAAGCUUCAA